AAGUCAAUGGCUACCGUCAACUGUUUGGUUACCAACAUUCUUCAAAAAUUUCAUUUUUGGGUGAACUAUCCUUUUAAGUACAGUAAAAGAUGUAAUUACAGAUAUGUAGAUGCAGUUUGACCAUGCAAUUCAAGUAGAGCACUAAUAUUAGUACUGCCAAUAUUUCUGUUUGCUGUGAGGAGUCAAUAUCUUGACUGUGAUUUAUCUCAGAAGCGGAAGAAGAGAGUACAAUAAAUGCUCUUGUGAAGUUGCAGGAUUACUUCAGGAGAUGGAGAAAAUUGAUACUAAGAUGGAAAUAGCUGAAAAACAACAUACAGCUUGAUCCAUAUUGAGUCUAAUUAAACUACUCAGAAAAUAUUAAUUUGUAAAUGCCUAGCAACUAAAAAGUCUUGCCUAAAAUGGCUAGCAAAUGCUCCUUUAACUAGUUACUACACACAAAAACACAGACCUACCUCCCACAUGACAACAAACCUGACAGAUGUGUGCAUCCUCAUGCAAAUCAAAUACUUCCUUCUUCCUCUAGCACUAAUUAAAAUGUGCCUACUGGAAUGUGAUACAUGGGAACAAUUACUUACUGCUUCUGAUGUUGACUCCUGAAAUUAAUGCUGAAACUUAAUUCAUUAACCACAGGAUGUGCAUGGGAUUUCUCUAAACGAGUCCCUUUAAAUGACUUGUGGUGACAUAGCUUGAAAGUGAGGAAGUAAGUCAUCAUGAAGGCCUAUGACCUGUUUAGCGUAUACAGAUGCUGACCAGUGAUUUUAAUUUUGCUUGCGUCAGCUACUAAUCAUGUUUAACUGAAUCAGGCUUUGACCUGAAUGACUACGGAAGCAUUUAUAAUGUCUGUCACCAUGGAUUUAAUGCCUAUAGAGAAAUGUUUUUCCUGUUUUUCUCAAGAAUAGGUUAAUUGAAAAUUAUAGUAAUGCAGCCAUCUGUUUUCAUUUUGAGUUUUGUAUCACCCCAACUCUUUAGUAACCUUGGUAGAUUUUGGAUUUCAUACACAUCUAUGUGUGUAUAUGUGAAUUUUUAUUUACUUUUUGCUUGAUACUGAACUUUGCUGAGUGAUCAUAAGGAACUACAGAAACAGAUUCCAUAAUACAUGUGCUGUUUUAUCAGAUCUGUUGAAAUGAUUACUGUGUUGCAUGAGUAAUGAGAGGUAGAGAGAUAAAAAUACUGCAGAUCUGGAUUAUGGGUCCCCCUGCUGGUUAGUUAAGGAUAAAGCAAUUUUGCUUAUUUUAUGUUAUUUUAUUUUAUUUUUAUGAAAGGAAAACCCCGCUGUUAGAAAAAGGUAGAGCAUUUCUGUUUAUUUUUAUUUUAUUAUUUGUAUAUGUAUGUGUGAUUUUAAUAAUUUGACAAAGUAAAGCUUCUUUUACCAUGCCAAUAAAGCUCAGAAAGGAUGGAUGGAUGGAUGGAUAGAUAGAUAGAUAGAUAGAUAGAUAGAUAGAUAGAUAGAUAGAUAGAUAGAUAGAUAGAUAGAUAGAUAGAUGGAUGGAUGGAUGGAUGGAUAGAUGGAUAGAUAGAUACAUCCAUAGAUGGAUGGAUGGAUGCAUGCAUAGAUAGAUAGAUAGAUAGAUAGAUAGAUAGAUAGAUAGAUAGAGACACAAACAGCAGACCACCUGUUCAGGUGGAUAUAAUGUAUGUAUUUGUAAAUAUUUCACCUCUUGAAGACGAGCAGUUUUUUUUUUUCUUUUUUUUUUUCUAAACAACAACCUUAACAUCAUGAAUGACAAUUCAAAAUCCACACAAAACCCCUCACAUCUGCCCAGCACACUCUCCUGUGCAGGUUGUGUUUGGUCAUUGUGCUGUUUGGCGUGACAGUGUGGCAUUAUUCUAGGCUUUGUGUGGGUCUGUAUUGUUCUCCUGUGGGAUCCUUUGUUGAGUGAGGGGGUAUAGUGGUGAUGCUGCAGGGCAUUGCUUUAUGCUGACUCUGACCUGUGGGAAUGGCAGGGACCAAUAUGGCCCUAUGACUAGGCCACAGAGAGAGAGAGGAGGAGACGGAGAGAGGAUCAGCAUCAGCAACGCCAAUCCAGUCUUGCCAAUCCCAAGAGAGCAUCGAUUUGGAAAUGGACUAAAAUACUUCUGGAUUAAAGACUCAUCUGUUCAAGUCCAAGUGUAGUCAUGCAGGAGAACCCAGGCUCUAUAGGUGUGGAUGGAGGAUACGCUAGCAAUGUACCUGCCUUCCUCACUAAACUCUGGACUCUUGUGGAGGACCCAGAGACCAAUCAUCUGAUUUGCUGGAGUACUACGGGCACCAGCUUCCAUGUUUUUGACCAAGGCAGAUUUGCUAAGGAGGUUUUGCCCAAAUACUUCAAACACAAUAACAUGGCAAGCUUUGUACGCCAGCUCAACAUGUACGGCUUCAGGAAGGUGGUGAAUAUUGAGCAGAGUGGGCUGGUGAAGCCAGAAAGAGAUGACACCGAGUUCCAGCACCUCUAUUUCCUCCAGGGCCAUGAGCAUCUGCUUGAGCACAUUAAGCGCAAGGUGUCAAUAGUGAAAAGUGAAGAGACCAAAGUGCGGCAGGAGGACUUAAGUAAGCUGUUGUAUGAGGUGCAGGUGUUACGCAGCCAACAAGAGAACAUGGAGAUGCAGAUGCAGGAUAUGAAACAGCAGAAUGAUGUUCUGUGGAGGGAGGUGGUGUCACUGAGGCAGAAUCACACACAGCAGCAGAAAGUCAUGAACAAGCUGAUUCAGUUCCUGUUCAGCCAGAUGCAGUCCAACACUCCUAGCACUGUGGGAAUGAAGAGAAAGCUUCCUCUCAUGCUGGAUGAUGGCUGCUCCACCCCUCCUGCCUCCAAAUUCAGCCAUAGCCACUCCAUGGAGUCCUUGCAAGAAUCUUUCUAUAUCCAGUCGCCAUCCACAGAAAGUGCAUCCUGCUCCACUAGCAGUGCGAUGACAGGAGGGCCAAUCAUUUCUGAUGUCACUGAAAUUUCACAGUCCACCACCAUGGCAUUACAAAUGCAGGCAGAGGAAUCAAGGGAAAAGUGUUUAAUGCUGAUUAAGGAAGAGCCGGUGAGUCCUGGAGUGCAGGGGCGAGGAGAUGGUGUACCACUCGGCUCCUGUGAGGUGUGCGCUGAACCCCCCGUCCUCCCUGUUGCCAUGGUUCAGUCCGUCCUAGAGGGCCGAGGAUCUAAUUUGGGAGAGAGAAGGGCCAAAAGACCCAUGCUGGAGAGACCAGAGAUUCCUGAUAAUGUGGAGAAUGUUGACAUGAGCCUGGAGGAGUUGCAGCUGCUUCUGAGGAGUCACCAGCAGAGCAUGGAAAGCAGUGCUGCAGCAAUGGAUCCCUUCACAUUUAGCCUGCCUUUGAAUGAGUGGAACUUCACAGAAAUGGACCCAAACCUGAAAUCAGAGCUGGCUAAUGCCCUCAUCCCCGCUGCUGUGUCCCAGUACAUGUUUCAGGGUCAGGAGGGAGAGACGUACCAAACCGCUGGCUAUGAGGAGCAGUGAAGACCUAAUAUGACAGCCAGCACAGAUCCCUCCUGAAAGACAAGCAGAGGGAUCCAUUUGAAAGCAUGACACUUGGAUUGCAUAUUAUUCCAACAUCAGAAGAGAAGGCUCAAAUUUAUCUCUCUAGUAGAUGUGGAGGUGAUAUAUCAAGUAAACUUAUGCUGACCAGCCCUUCAUGAAGAUUCACUUAGUAGGCCAUUGGUGGAAGGUGGAUUUUUACGAAUCAUUUGGAGCAAUUCAACUCUUUGGAGAUGGAAUAUUUACAAUAACCCCUUCUCAAAGCCUAUAAGGAGUUCAGGCUACAUCAAGAUCAUUUUGAAGAAAUUUUCCCAUGAUAAAAUUGCAUCCUAUGGAAACUUCUAAUCCCAAGGAAAGGCAAUAUCAAGCAUUUCCUUCCCAACGACCACAACACAUGUGAACUGUAUGCAGUAUAACACAAAUCAUUGUGGCCAGAGUUUGAAUGCACUUUAGUCUGUGUGUUGGAGUUUCUGCUUUGUGGAGCUGUGAUUUCAUUUUCCCUAAAACUUAACUGUAAAAAAAAUAAUAUAUUUUGUUCAAAUUGACUAUAAUGAAGCACAUACUUGUAUUUCAAUAUAUAUUUAAAGGCAUAUAAAAGUACUGGUUUAAUCAUAUUAUGUAUGUAUUAAUGUGAGAGGUCUAGGGGUUAAAAAUCAGACCUCACAGAAAGAAAACUGAAAUAAUGCACUGCUUUUUGCACAAUUUAGUGUAUUUUUCUCAGUAAUAUUCUGGAACAUAUUCUUAAGACAUCAAGUAUCUUUGUUUCAAUUUAUCUUUUAGUUGAUCGACUAGCCUUGCAGAAUUUAUAGUUGUCUUUGAUACGCUUAUGAUAUAUUGUGUGAUAUUUGCCCUCAUUUGAUACAAAUGUAUUGACCACAUUGGUUGAAUUCUUAAUUAAGUAGCUAAAGAUGACUGAAACAGCAACUGUUAAUGCCUUUGAGAUGAGCACUAUACUUAUGUAAUAUAUCUAUAUUUUAAUUAUUAUUAUACACUGUAUCUAAUUUGACGUUUUCAGUUGACUGUUUUUUUUAAACCCAACAACAAAAUUAGAGACUAACAAUGACAGUGCCUUAGGCUCUAGAUAAGAAUGUGUUUAUUGUUCCUGCCAAACCUCAUGUAAUGAGGGCAAAUGAACACACGACAUUCGAUAACAUUUCAGAGACCAUAAUGCACUUUGUUAUUACAGGGCAGCCAUAUAGCAAUGCAAAAUACCCUAGAUCUCUUACAAAUGCGUUGAAUUAUUAAGUGCAAUACUGUUGCAUUGAUUUAUAUGAUUUUCCUAAAAAGCAAUCUUGCUGCAUUGAUUUGUAUGAUUUCUCAAGGAUGCAACAUCUAAUGAUGACUUAGAUGGGAACUAUGAUGGAAUAAAAGAAAUUGCACUAAGGGUGAUAACUGUAUUAGAAAUAGCUUUUAUUCAGUGUUAGUUUAUACUCUUAUUUUUUCACUACUCCUUAAACUCCACUACUCAUAAAAUGGUUUAUUUUGAGAAGGGUGCUUUUUCACAUAGGUUGCAAGUCUUUUACUGUAUAUAUUUUUUUCAUAAUGUGGUUAAUUGCACUGGUAAAAAAAAAAAAAAAAUGAAUGUAGAUUAACAGAGCAAGACACAAAAGCAAGAAAGGAAACCAAUGUUGCAUAUUAAUUCUGGAUGUAGUCUGUUCCUGACUCCCACCAGCAUAUUGUUAAAAAUAUGUACACACGAAAAUUGUAAAACAAUAAACGUAUUUUAAAAGCA